AUGGUGAGUGAUGAUAGUGGAGAGGCUUUCUACUCUAAGAGUGGCCAUGGUUCUGAGGAUAGUGGAGAUGAUUCUGGUGACAGUGAAUACAAUGUGGAUGAGUCUAACAUACAAUUUGAUGUAGAAGUAGACAUGAGUGAAUUCCAUAAUCCUGUUGAUGUUGAUGAACAUGCAAUUUUGAACAAUCAUUCAAAAGAUGAACAGAUUGACAUGGUUGAUGAUGAGUUGGAAGUUAUUGCCAAUGAUGAUUAUCAAUUUGCAGGAUUUCCUGAAGAUAAUAGGAAGAGACUGCUAAAAGAUUUAAGUAAGUCAAGUACAUGCUCACAUGGAGAGGUUCAUGUUAAACCAUUUCAGAUUGGCCAGGUCCUCAAAACCAAGCUUGAUGUUAAAAACUACAUGAACUCACAUGUUGUAGCAACAAGGAGGUCCUUAUACCUAGCCAAAAAUGAUAAAAUUCGGAUUAGGGUGAAAUGUAAAGGUGUUAUAAGUAAGCCUUCUAUAGGAUUUGAUGGUGGUGGACCCUCAACUAGAAGUAGGGCAUAG